CAGAGGAUAAAUAGUAGCUUUGCCUCCCUGGCUCCUCUCUUCAUCGUCCCCACUUUCCCAACAACAUGCAUCUUGCCAGUUUGCUCAGCUCCUGCUCCCUCUUGCUGCUGUUGGGGCCCUUGCCUGGAUGGGCGGCCAAUGCUGAGCCCGUUAAGAAGGUCACUGAAGGGAUCAGCCAAGGGCUGAGCAAUGCAGAGGGAGAGGUGGGCAAGGCCUUGGAAGGCAUCAAUAAUGGAACCCCUCAAGCUGGAAGGGAGAAAGUUUUUAAUGGACUCAACAGUGUGGGGAGCCAGGCCGGUAAGGAGCUGGACAAGGGCGUCCAGGGGCUCAACCGCAGCCUGGACAAGGUAGCCCAUGGAAUCAACAAUGUCGCCGGACAAGCAGGAAAGGGAGCAGAGAAGUUUGUCCAAGGAGUCAACAAUGCUACUAGACAGGUUGGGAAGGAGGCAAACAAAGUGAUUCAGGGGGUCCACCAUGCCGGGAAAGAGGGAGAAAAAAUAGUCCAAGGGGUCCGUCAUGGAGUUAAUCAGACUGGAAAGGAGGUGGAAAAGUUUGGCCAGGGGGUCCACCAUGCUGCAGGGCAGGCUGGGAAAGAGGGAGAAAAAAUAGUCCAGGGGGUCCAUCAUGGAGUUAAUCAGACUGGAAAGGAGACGGGAAGGUUUGGCCAGGGCACCCACCAUGCUGCUGAACAGGCUGGAAAGGAGGCUGGCAAAGUGGUCCAAGGGGUCCACGAUGGGGUCAACCAGGCCGGAAAGGAGGCAGAGAAAUUUGGCCACGAGGUCAGCCACGCUGCUGGUCAGGCUGGAAAGGAAGUGGAGAAACUUGGCCAAGGUGUCCACCACGCUGCUGGCCAGGCCGGGAAGGAGGAGGACGGGUUGCAUCAGGCUGUUCAUAUUGGGACCAACGAAGCCGGCAAGGAAGUCAACAAGCUGCUGAAUGACAAUCAUCAAAACAGACUCACUGACCAGCCAAGAGUGGCUGCAACCACAACCAUAACAUCUGGAGCUUUGGUCAACAAGCCCUUCAUUGACCUUUCAGUUCUGUGGAAGACCGUCAUCAGCAUCAUUCCCUAAACUGAUGAACUGGCCUUGUUGAACAGACUGACAUUCCUGUUGUCAUAUCAGCUGAAAUGACCUGAAGGAGCCGGG